CUCUAGAAGGAUCCUGAGAGGUUUAUAGGCCAACAAAGUAUUAGUUAGGCUAGGCUAGGCCAGGCCAGGCUGCAGUAAUAAACCAACCCCGAAAUCUCAGCGGCCUCACCAGGCGGAAGCUGACUUCUUGCUCACGUCCCAGCCCAGGGCAGGUCAGGUUCCAUUUUGUGGCUCCAGCAUCUUGCAGCUUCAAGGCAUUGUCAUCUGACAGCUGGGAGGAGGGACAAGUGGAGAAGGCACUCUGGACAUUUAGCCAUCUCAAUCCAGAAAUGACACUUGUCACUUCUUACCUUCCACGGCCAGAACUGGCCAUGUGUCCAGCCUGAGCUGCAGGGGAGCCUGGGGACUGUUCAGGAGCAUGUGGGUGUCAGUGACUGCUUCACAGAUAAGAAAAUGGAGACCCAGAGAGGGAAGAGGGCGGGGGAACUAGCCUGGUCACAUACAGGUUGGUGGCAGAGCUCGGAGAGAAGUCAAGUCUCCUGUACUCGCCGUCCCAGAGGAGGCUGCUGUGGCUGAGACAUGCCUUGGCUGCCCGAGGAAGGAGAAGUUUGCAGGUUGCCCAGCGAAGAGGGAAGGCUGAGCCCGUUUGUGUCCCGUCAGCUCCUCGCCUGCUGCCCUGGGAUCCCCGUCCCUUCCAGAACCCGAUUGCUUCCAAGGCAUUUGGCUCUUAGCCGAUGGAGAAUGUUUGCUCUCUUCCUCCCGAGCCCGGGGCCAAAUGUGAAGUCAUGAGAGCUGGGACGAGAGACGCAGGCUGCUGGGCCUGAGGACCGGCUGCAGCCGUUCUUGGCAUUCAUCUACAUGCACCUGCGCUGCUACAGCUGUCCCAACGAGCAGCGCUACAUCGUGCGCAUCCUCUUCAUCGUGCCCAUCUACGCCUUCGACUCCUGGCUCAGCCUCCUCUUCUUCACCAACGACCAGUACUACGUGUACUUCGGCACCGUGCGCGACUGCUACGAGGCCUUGGUCAUCUAUAAUUUCCUGAGCCUGUGCUAUGAAUACCUCGGGGGAGAAAGUUCCAUCAUGUCAGAGAUCAGAGGGAAGCCCAUUGAGUCCAGCUGUGUAUAUGGCACGUGCUGCCUCUGGGGAAAGACUUACUCCAUCGGAUUCCUGCGGUUCUGCAAGCAGGCCACCCUGCAGUUCUGCGUGGUGAAGCCGCUCAUGGCUGUCAGCACCGUGGUCCUCCAGGCCUUCGGCAAGUACCGGGAUGGUGACUUUGAUGUCACCAGCGGCUACCUCUACGUGACCAUCAUCUACAACAUCUCCGUCAGCCUGGCGCUCUACGCCCUCUUCCUCUUCUACUUCGCCACGCGGGAGCUGCUCAGCCCCUACAGCCCCGUCCUCAAGUUCUUCAUGGUCAAGUCCGUCAUCUUCCUCUCCUUCUGGCAGGGCAUGCUCCUGGCCAUCCUGGAGAAGUGCGGGGCCAUCCCCAAGAUCCACUCGGCCCGCGUGUCCGUGGGCGAGGGCACCGUGGCUGCCGGCUACCAGGACUUCAUCAUCUGCGUGGAGAUGUUCUUCGCAGCUCUGGCCCUGCGGCACGCCUUCACUUACAAGGUCUAUGCUGACAAGAGGCUGGAUGCACAAGUGCCAACGUAUGGCCCUUACGGCCGCUGCGCCCCCAUGAAGAGCAUCUCCAGCAGCCUCAAGGAGACCAUGAACCCGCACGACAUCGUGCAGGAUGCCAUCCACAACUUCUCGCCCGCCUACCAGCAGUACACACAGCAGUCCACCCUAGAGCCCGGGCCCACCUGGCGCGGCGGCGCCCACGGCCUCUCGCGCUCCCACAGCCUCAGUGGCGCCCGUGACAAUGAGAAGACUCUCUUGCUCAGCUCUGAUGACGAGUUCUAGGCGCAGCUGCUGGUGGGGAAGGAUUGGCGCCUUGGCCCAGGGCAGGGUGUGCCCCCCUCCAGCCUCAGGUUCGGGCCAGGAGGCAGGCUGGCGCAGCUUUGGCAUUGCCCUUUAAUUUAUUGGACCAGAAACACUCACAUAUCGCUUCCAGAGGAACAGCCAGAUGCUGUCUGCCCAGGGGACAGCCCAGGUUCACCUACGAGCCUUCAGGAAUAUUUAUACACGGCCACGCCUGCACUGCCCGGGUGACAGACAGAGGACACUGGGAGCGACUCCCAUGCCCCUGCGGCUCAUCGUGUGGUGGCAGCAUGUCGGGACCAGCCAUGCCCAGGCCCAGAAGCUUGUGUUGUGGACCAGCGGCUGCAGCCUUCUUAGCCCCCUCCCCCAGGUCGCCUCCCCGCCCCUCCCCAAUGAGACUUAUGGCUUCACCCCCAAACUCCGUGCAAUAUCGGACCUGGGCUCUUGCCUGCCUGCUCUCCCCCGUCCACCCUUGUCUGACGCUAGAUUAGCCUCACUGCUGGCAGGAGGAGGGCGGAGGGCGCGCGGAUGCUCUCUGUGGACUCCUCCUGACGCAGGCCUGCCUGGCAUGCUGCAAGGAUCAGAGCCAGACACCAGGAGCCACGGGUCCUACCUAGGAAGGGUGCUCGGGUGCUCUGGGCCCCACUUCUGUUGAUGCGGCCUCUCGAAGCAAGGGUCACUGGGCCCCUGGGUGUCCCCUGUGGCCACACCUUCUGCCGCCUCACGCCCCUUCCUCCUGCCUGCGAAGGACAGCCAGCAGCCCACACUGCCCUCUCACCUGGGGUCUUCCUUGAUAGCAUUUUGGGCAGAGGCCUUGCUUCCUGGCUGCUCAAAGGGUUGGAGGCUUUGAACCCUCGGUCCCAGGCUGAGUGAUCGGAACCCCGAUGGGUCCUGGUCUCUCCCUGGAGCGUCUCCCUCCCAUUUCAGGGUAAAGGUCUGAGUCUCCUCAUUUCAGACCAGCUUCCGGAGGAACACAGGCCUGCUGUAGGGGGUGGGGGAUGGAGGGAUGGGGCAUGCAGUGGGACACUGGGAGGUGGGAGGAGUGGUCCCAGACCCCUCUCGCUGGCCUCAUAUCCACACAGGGCCUGUGCCCUGCCUCAUCUGGCCCCCUGGCCCAUCUCUUCUGUGCCUUAGUCACAUAUGAAAGCUUCCCCUCCUUAGGCCCUCAGUCUGUCCCAGACACUCCUGGGGGCUCCCUGUUAAGCUGCUGGCACUCAGAGGAUCCUGCAGUGCUGGGCCAAGUGCCCUUGGAGAGGCCUCAGGGGUGGCCAGGACCGCCAGUCCCCUCCCCUCACCCCCCUCCACAGCCGUGUACCUGGAGCCUCCCAGGGCUGGAGCCCCAGCAGGCUGGGCUCACACCAGCCACUGUCCUAGGAAGAGCCUCCCACAGGACGUGGUGCGCGCUCCCGCAGGCAGAGCCUCCGCCACUUGACACCCAGAUAGCACUUGGGUUUGGGCUGCCGCAGCCUAGGGGAGCAGGUGGGUGAGGGAGGAGGGCCCUGGCCUGUGGCAGCGGAACUUCACCGUGGAAUCUUUCCUUUUGGUUGCUCCGGGAAUGAGCAUCCCUCGGGACUGUGCCAUCAGGGUCGGGGGUUCCAUCCCAGUAGUCUUCCCGGGCCUUCCCUUGACAAAGCCAGCCCCCAGGGGACACAGAGGCCUGCAUGGGGGGUACUCAUGGACAGCGCUCGGGCCCCUGUCUGGUGGGCUUGGCCAGCUGGUACCAAGCUGCCCAGGAAGGCCGCAGGUUGGUGCAGGCUGUCUGAGGACCUCUGUCCCCAGGCCCACUGUUUGCUUUCAUGAAUCUGUUUCUCUGAUUCUCCUUCCAGGCCAAAGUGUGCUGCUGACACCCUGCCCCUUGGUCGUCACCCGCCCCGGCACCUGCCCGCUAGUGUGGGGCCUGGGGGAGGAGGGGCCCAGUGGCAGGGAGCUAGCGACCCCUGGGGAGACGGGCUGGGGACGUGUGCUGACCAGUCCACCCCUCCUUCCUAGGAUGCGUAGCCUACUUUUUUUUUUUUUUUAAUUUUUUCCCCUGAUAGAGUAGCUCUUUGUACAUAAAAAUACUUGAAAAAUUAAUUGUAUGAUGUAUAAGAAGACAGAGUCCCCUAGUUUUGUAUCUCGUGUAUGACUGCCAUGAGUUCCACCAGAAAGCCGCUCUAUUUUGGUCUCUGUGACAUUUUAAAUGCGUGACAGAAGUGAGCAAAUAAAGUGAGAAAGAAAUAUAUAUAUGAGAUAAUAUAGAUUGUACUGAAAUCUG